GCCUCCAACCAAAAUCACAGCUCCGUGGAGCCGGGGCUCUCAUUCACAGCUUUCUAGAGAAAUCUGCGCCUGAACCUGCCAGAACAGGGGAUCUCACCCACUCAGCUCAGCGAGAGGACACCUGCAGAAACACGUUUUCAAAGCAAGGCUGAGCAGCCGUGUGAAGUUUGCAAUGGCCCCAGCCCUGCUUGUCUUUUGGAUGGCUACAACCACAUAGGACCUGAAUGUCCUACUGCUUUUCAAGAGCAGGAAGAAUAUCCUCUACUUGUCUGUUGCAGCAGCAAUUUCAUAGUCAAAAGCAUGUUGAAUGGACCACAAUUCCAGAGAAUCAUCAAGUGAAUGGGACCAGUCUCUUUUCUCCCCAAAUAUCAGAAAGUAAGCACUUUGGAAACAAAAUUUGGCCACGAUGACCCAUUUACAGGCUGGAUUCAGUCCAGAGACUAUAGAAAAAGCUCGCCUGGAACUGAAUGAAAACCCAGAUGUUUUACAUCAGGAUAUUCAGCAAGUCAGGGAUAUGAUCAUCACCAGGCCUGACAUUGGUUUUCUACGCACAGACGAUGCCUUCAUCCUGAGGUUUCUAAGAGCCAGGAAGUUUCACCAAGCAGAUGCCUUCAGACUCCUGGCUCAGUACUUCCAGUACCGCCAGCUAAACCUGGACAUGUUCAAAAACUUCAAAGCGGAUGACCCUGGUAUUAAGAGGGCUCUCAUUGAUGGGUUUCCUGGAGUGCUGGAAAACCGAGAUCAUUAUGGCAGGAAGAUCCUUCUGCUGUUUGCAGCCAAUUGGGAUCAGAGUAGGAACUCUUUCACAGACAUCCUCCGUGCCAUCCUGCUGUCACUGGAAGUCCUUAUCGAAGAUCCAGAGCUUCAGAUCAAUGGUUUCAUUUUAAUUAUAGACUGGAGUAAUUUUUCCUUCAAGCAAGCCUCCAAAUUGACCCCUUCAAUCCUCAAACUGGCCAUUGAAGGGUUACAGGACAGUUUUCCUGCCCGUUUCGGAGGAGUCCAUUUUGUCAACCAGCCAUGGUACAUUCAUGCCCUGUAUACACUCAUCAAGCCGUUCCUUAAAGACAAGACGAGGAAACGGAUUUUCUUGCAUGGAAACAAUCUAAACAGUCUACACCAGCUAAUCCACCCUGAAUUUUUGCCCUCUGAAUUUGGAGGAACUCUUCCUCCAUAUGACAUGGGGACUUGGGCCCGGUCAUUACUUGGCCCUGACUACAAUGAUGAAAAUGACUAUACACAUACUUCCUAUAAUGCAAUGCAUGUGAAACACACGUCCUCCAACCUGGAGAGAGAGUGCUCACCCAAACCGAUGAAGAGAUCUCAGUCUGUGGUGGAAGCUGGGACCUUGAAGCAUGAGGACAAGGGAGAGAAUGAGAACACUCAGCCACUCCUGGCUCUUGACUGAACUCUUAGUCACCCCAUGCUCCUGCACAUCGCCAGCCUUCAAUGGUCUCAGUCACCCAGGAAGCACACGUGCGACUGACCCACACAGACAUGUGCGUUCUGCUUGAAACAAGGCCCUCACUCGCCAUCACCCAGUAAAAUGACCAUCACCAGCCAAUGGUCUGAGCAGCCAAAGUUGAACAAAGACUUGAGAUGAUGCUUUUCUUUGUUUUCCCUUUUCAGUGAAGGGGCUGAAGGAGGAAGCAAGGCAUUUUAUGUAAACAAGUUACCCCCCACCCUGUCCACAUUUAUGGUAUUAAAUGAAAUUGAAUAAAAGAAAUUUGAUGGACACAUUGCAUUAAGAGAAGGAUUUUCCUGAGGCCUCACACAGAGACCCUUUCCAGUUUUUGCAAUCUAAGAUUAAGUGCAUUUUCAAGUAGAUAUAUCAGACUUAAAGUGUGCAGAUACAAUUGUCAAGUUUAAGGUAGUGCAAAGCCCUGAGACAAUAGUAUCUCCAGCAAUUUCCAUUCUCAUUCAAUAAUUUUCUUUGACUUCAUCACCAGCACUGAAUUGUUCAGCCUAAGACCACAGUCUGCCAGGUCUGCUUCUUGCAGUUUGCUUAUUUUGAUAUCCUGCAAAAAUGAUUUUGAGGUCACAUCUUCGAGCUGACCACCAGCUGAUUAUCAUGAGUUGAAGACACACAAUUUGGAAUAUGGUUAUUUCAUCUUAGCUAUGUAACUUCUCCUAAAGUGUGUCUGAAGAGACAGGGGGAGAGUUCUCAUUGGAAACAUAUAUCACUGAUUAAUGAAUCCAUUAAUCACUUGGAUCACUACAACUAAGUGCUACUGAAACAUUUAACCUCCCCCUUGCCACCUUGCAACCAGUUAAAGGCACAGACCUUGGUGUUUCUUAAAGGGUAGGUGCAGUCAGGGAGGAAGACCCUUAAGGAUGGCUAAACAUGCAAGUACUGAAAAUAAGACCAGGAAUGCAGGAGGAAAUGCCAAAGAUCAUUUUAUUUCUUUGUCUGUUCUCCUUAGAAAUGGAGCCCCCAACUAUCCAUUCAAAGGAAAUUAGAUAAACAUAAGCAGAUAUCACAGCAUAUGAUAUCCUCACAUGUGCCAUGUUUCCCAAGCCAGAUGUAUGUUUUCAGGUUUUGCUUAUUCUAGCCAUUUGCAUGCCAUGGGCAUUUGUAAGUAUGACCAGUUUGUGCUCAAUGUCAAAAGAUUUUUAGUUGAUAAUGGACAGUUAAGUGUGAUUUUAUAUUUUAAGUAUUUGGGAGGAGUAAUUGUUAGUUUAAAAAAGUUAAAGGAAAGAAGUGAUUCCACUGGUCAUAAUCACCCUCAAUAGAUAUAACAAAUUGAAAUCACUUAUUUCAACUUUUUUCUCAAUGAUUCUAGUGUUUUAAUUUUUAUGAUAGACAAGAAGAACAAAAGCAAAUUUUGUAUUCCACCCUUGAAAUAAGAUAGGAUUUAAAAUUGUCCUCAAUUGCAUCACAGUAUACAUAAAAACGAAUUCAUCUUGUGAAGACAUUUCAAGUAACAGGAGUAACACUGAAAUAAUUUCACCAGUAUAGUGACUGAAACACUUUUU